GAGACUGCAUUUCAUCAUCAACCCGCGUUCAUCCCCGAAAAUAAGGCAUUCUAAGUGCCCGACGACCACUCCGACUACAAUGGGUAUCUGGGACGCUAUCGCAGACCUCGCUGAGGCAGCCAAGCCAUGGACCACUGCCGAAGCCGAAGCUCCAGCUGAGGAGCCCCAAGAGGAGGAGAAGUCCGAGGAAAAGGAGGAGAAAGAAGAAGAAGAAGAGGAGGAGGAGGAUGAGGAUGAGGAUGAGGAUGAAGAAGAGGAUGAAGAUGAACCCAAGGACCCUAAGGGACCGCUCGAGGAAGAAUGCCAGAAAUCCAAGCAGUGCUCACCAGCCAAGCACCACUACGACGAAUGCGCCGAGCGUGUAACGAACGCUUCGAAAGAAGGAGAAGCCAACGAGGACUGCGUUGAAGAAUUCUUCCACCUCGUGCACUGCGCCACCCAAUGCGCUGCUCCCAAGCUCUGGUCUGUCCUCAAAUAGUUGCAGAUAGCCAACGCAACCCAGCCCAGACAAGAAGCAUACCAUAUCUAUAAGACACCUAGAAGCAUGUACCGGUGGGUUUCUGGUCGGACAAGCCGGCUAUCGUCGUCUGACUCCUGUUAGAUAGAUGGUCGGACGUUUGGUAGCUCUGUAAUGCGAUUUGCGCCUCAAAGCGGAUGACUUACAGCCGGGGUACCUCAACCCACCUUCCCCCCUUAUGUACCAUACGCGGCAUUCCAAAUGAAUAGAUCUCUGUUCCUCAACUCUCUAGACAGACCUAGUUGUUUACCUACUCAUAAAGAAACUCGAUUAACACAAUUCGAAUUUCGAAAUAAGUGAUAUUAUAUGAGCGCUUAUACACACGCUUAUACACACGCGCACACACACCACCCCCUUUUGAAGCCAAGUUUCGUGAACAUAGCUUGUGUGCAUCUAGACUGGUGCCAAUGAAAAAGUGCUCAAACCGCUUAUUUACAAGAAGUGUCUUAUUGGCUUAGGUUAGGUACUUAGGUAGGUAGUUAGCCAUUCAUCCCUUGCAAUUUGUCGAUGUCGUAUGAUAAAGUAUAAGAAGAAAGAUUUUAUAUUAGUGAACUAACGUAAGUACCUAAUGUACUUUACUACGAGAAAUUCUUUUUACCAUUAACCAUGCUGCCGGCCAUGGUAAUAAAAAAAAG